AUGGUGAAAAAGAGUGGCACAAAAAAAACCGUUACUCAAAUAGCACAACAGGUGCAAUGGGCGGCUAAGAGUCAAUUGCGUACUAAUGGUAGUGAGAGUAAGUUGAAAGGAAAGGCACACCUAGGUGAAUAUAAGCAAGGAGGUGACAAGAGUGAUUUCAAGAACAAUUUAUGUGAAAUAACUAUCCAACAUACCAAUGAUAUUCGCGAGAAAAAGGAACGUGCAGGCGGUCCGUGUGAAGGCAAAGGCACAGACAAUUAUGAAGACAGGUUUUCCAUAGGAAAAAAAUGGGCAACUAAGCCCGGAGAAGUAAAAGAUGGUCACACUCACGUCCUCUUACCUCCACGAAGAUUAGAUAUGUGUACUUCUAAUUUAGAAAAUUUAAGCAAACCUGGUACCGAACCAUUUAGUAAUGUUAUUGAUGCCACCAAGGUUAAUGAUUCCUUUUUGGGAGAUGUAUUGUUGGCUGCAAAAUUCGAAGGACAAGAUAUAGUAAAUAAACUUAGAAGUAAAGGCGAUAUUGCAGGUAUAUGUAAUGCUAUGAAAUAUAGUUUUGCCGAUAUAGGAGAUAUUAUAAGGGGUAGGGAUUUGUGGGAUAAAAACGAAGAUAUGAAAAAUCUACAAAAUUAUUUGAAAGAAAUAUUUAAAAAAAUUAAAGAGACUCCUGAAAUCCAAAGAAGCGGCAAAUAUGAAAAUGGUGCAAGUGAAGAACCCCCAUAUAAAAAUUUGAGAUCAGACUGGUGGUCCGCCAACCGGGACCAAAUAUGGAAAGCUAUGACAUGUUCUGCGCCACCAAUAGCUAAAUUAUUCGUACCAUUAUCCGAUGGUCAAACAAUUCAAUGGCAUAGUCCUAAAUGCGGCCGUGAUACAUAUGUGCCACCUGACGAUUAUAUACCCCAACGGUUGAGAUGGAUGACCGAGUGGGCCGAAAGCUAUUGCAAGAAAAUAAAAUUUGAUUAUGAUAAUAUGAAGGCCGAAUGUAGAAAAUGUAAACGUACUCCACCAGUUGGAAAAUGCAAGAAAGAUAAUCCUAAAUGUACUAUGUGUUCAAAACUGUGUGAACAAUAUAAAUAUUUUGUUGUUCAAUGGAAAGACCAAUGGGGAAAUAUAAAAACAAAAUACCAAUCAUUAUACAAUAACACAAGAAAUACUACCACUGGUGAUAAUGAAAGCGAGCAAAAACUUAAAGAAUUUUUCGAUAAACUUAAGAAAGGCGAAAAAGAUAAUUAUAAAGAUGCUGAGGAAUUUAUACGCUCAAUGGGAGGUUAUAAAUAUUGUGCAGAUUUUAAACAGAAUAAAUACAAAGAAGAAAAUGACGACGCCUAUGUGUUUAGUGAAACUCCAAAAGAUUAUAAGACAGAAUGUAGUUGUGAUAAGAAGCUCCUACCGCCACCUGAACCCCCAACUGCAGCAGAACCGCCACCAACACCGCCACCGAAAACAUGCGAUCAAAUAAUGGCUCGUGGGAUAAACCAGUGGGAGUGCGGACAAAGCACGAAGACCACAAGUGGUGGUGCACCAAAUAUGUGUGUCCGAAAAAGUGGUAGUAGUUCUGGCACAAAUGAUUCACCAGAUGAUUUUAUCCUUUUAUUCAAUGACUGGUUGAACGAUAUUCAGCGGACGUUACAAAGGAGUAUAGAAAUGGUAGAACAGUCGUGCAAAGGCAAAUUUGCAUAUCGUAAUAAAACAGAUGGAAAAGAGUGUGCCGAAUGUAAGGAUCGAUGUGAUUGUUACGAAAAAAUAAAACAGAAAAUCGAAAUCCAAUGGACAAAACAAAAAGAAUACUUCACAGAAUACGUAAAUAAAGGUGAUAAUGCAAUGAACAAUGUUAACUUGAAUGAUUUUUUAGAAGCGCAUUGUAUGUUUAAUGAAAUUAACAAAUCAAAAAAUAUAACUACUGCAAGAAAGGGUAAUUACCAUGAGGAAAAAAAGAAAAAAUGUGACGAACUCAAAAAAGAAAAAGAUAAUUAUGUGGAAGCAUUGAUAUAUGACAGUAGUGAUAAGCAAUCAAAAACAUGUUAUGUAUGUGAUACAAACAAAAAUACACAAGAAGAGACGUUUGACGAAAGUACAUGUAAAGAUAUUAAGAACAUUGAAGAUCGUGAAUGUGUAUCAAAAAAUUAUAAUGGAACAGACUGGAAAUGUACAGAAAAUAGUGGAACGUUGGACUCUAAUGUUUGUGUUCCCCCUAGAGGACAGAAAUUAUGUAUACGAAACAUGGUAGGAGGAACUAGUAAUAAGGUAGAACUAAAUGAUAAUGAAGAAGAUCUAAAAAUACAAAUGAAAAGAGCUAUAAAAAGAGAAACACAAUUAUUAUGGGAUAAAUUUGGUAAAGAUGAUCAAAACAAAGAUAAAGCUUGUAGGAACAUACAAAGAAGUUUUAACGAUUUCAAAAACCUAGUGACAGGAGACAGUUUGUGGAAACCACAUAAUAUUGAUGUCUUGGAAAAAAAAAUUGGUCAAAUUAUAGGUAAAAAUGGGACUACUUCUAGCACUAGGGAACAGUGGUGGAAAACACAUGAAAAAGAAUUUUGGAAUGCAGUUCAAUGUGGGAUCAAAGAAAGUGGUGGAAAGGGCAAUGAAUGCCCCAAAAUCCAAUAUGAUGAAAAAUUUGAUGCACAAUUUUAUUGGUGGUUUAGGGAAUGGGGAGAUGAUUUUUGCAAAAAAAAAAAGGAAAAGGCAAAGGAGGUGGCAAAGAAGUGUAAGGAAGAAAGCAAACGUCAGUGUGCUAAUGGCAGUAAAACGAAUAUGCAAGAUGGAGAUUGUAAAAAUGCUUGUGAUGAAUAUAAAAAAUUAAUUAAAGAUAAUAGAGAAGCAUGGAAAAUUUUUUCUAAACAUUUUGAUGAAGAGAGAAAAAAAGAAAAAGAUAAUGACUUCUAUUACAGUCCUUCACUAUAUUUAAUCAGUUAUUGUGAUGAUUGUAAUGGAGUAAAUUUUGGACAAGUGUUCAAAGAAGGUAUGGAUUAUGGAGAUUACCAAAAUACGUGUACGUGCCAACCAACUGGGAGUGGUCGUUCUGCACCGAACAGUAUUAGUAAUACAGCCACUAAUAUAAAUCCAUGUGACCACGAAAUCAUUACAUCGAGUUGUCAUGAGAAAAAUAUGGAUGGAACAUCAUGGAACACAACGAUUGUAUCUGAUAAUGAUAAGUUUAAAGUUUAUUCCCCUCCACGACGUCAAAAACUCUGUUUAGGAAAUUUGAUCUCAUUGACAGGUGGUGAAAAUCCAAAAGAAACAUUAGAAAAAGAACUGUAUGCUGCUGCAAAAAUGGAGGCGAAAUAUUUAAAUAAAUAUUACGAGCAAAAAACUCUAAAUAGUGGUACUGGUGGCAGCAAUUCUGCUUUGUGUAAAGCUAUUAAACGCAGUUUUUAUGAUUUUCGAGACAUAAUUAAAGGCAUAGAUCUAGAAAAAGGUAAUCUUGACAAAAUGGUGGAAACAGAAAUAUCAAAAAUAUUUGCAGAUAAUGGUAUAACAAGUGCUGGUUCGGGUACUAGUGAUUCCAGUAAAGAACGACAAAUAUGGUGGGAAUCAAAGAAAGAUAAUGUCUGGAAAGCGAUGAAUUGUGGCAGCAACAAGAAAUGUGGAGAUAAAGUCCCCACAGAUUAUGAUAAACAUGACCAAUUUUUGCGAUGGUUUAUUGAAUGGGGCGAAGAGUUUUGCGAAACAAAAAAACAACAUAUAGAAAAACUAAAACGUGUAUGUGAAAAUAACUGUAAUGAUCUGUGCGCUGAACAAACAUGUGAGGAAUGCCAACAACAAUGUUCAAUAUACCAUAAUUGGUUACAAAUUAAAGAAAAUGAAUGGAACGAUCAAAAAAAUAAAUACUUGUCCACUAAUAAUGUUUACACGAAGAAAGAUGCUCCCGAAUAUUUAGAAGGAGAAGUAUCUGGAUGCCUUAAUGCCGAAUUUAAUAAAGUAUUCAAGAAAGAAGACCAACAAUAUAGCCGUUAUAAACAAAAAUGUCAAAAUUGUACAACAAAUUUUAUGAAAACUAUUGUAGAAAAAAUUGAGAAACAGAAAAUGCUUGAAUCCACACGUUCUCCACAUCAAACAUCUCAGAUAAAAAAUAUAUGUAAAAAUGGAAAUAUAGUAAAUUGUGAUAAUGUGAAGAAUGAUGGUUUAAUAAAGGUUCCUAUGGAUCCAAAACCUGGAAGUCCUUAUCACAACGAGGAGGGGAGCAAUCACAAUUGUGGUGGAAUCGAUGUUGAGAAAAACGGUGUAUGGAAAAAUACAAAAGAUUUACUUUACAACGACUUGGAUGAACGUAUGCACGUUUCCCCUAGAAGACAAAAAUUUUGUGUCCAUGAUCUUGACAAAUCAACAGACCAAGAUACAUUAAGGAAAAAUUUAUUUACUGUUGCUGCAAAUCAAGGAUAUAAUCUAGCUAUUAAAUAUAAUGAUUAUAAAAACCAUUAUGGUCUUCCUCCAUGUAAUGCAUUGAAAUAUAGUUUUUAUGAUUAUCAACAUAUAAUUCUAGGAGAUGACCCUCUGGAGCCUGAAAAAUGGAGUACAGGAAAGAAAUUGAAAGAAUUAUUUCAAAAUAGUUUACCAAGUCACGAAAAAAAUGAUGCAAACAAACUUAAAGAGAAACGUAAAGGAUGGUGGAACCAAAACAAAAAAUGUGUAUGGGAAAUUAUGAAAUGCGGCUACGAAAAAGGAAAAAAUAAAGGUGGAAAUGUUGUUCCAGAAAUUAAAGAUUGCCCAAAGGAUGCACCAACCGAAUUUGAAGAUUCCGAUCAAUUUUUGGUAUGGUUGACCGAAUGGUACGAUGACUAUUGCCAUAGAAAAAACACACUUCAUCAGGAUGUUGUAAAUGCGUGUAAUUCACAAAAUGGUGGCGAAUUGAAAUGUGAUGACAACUGUAAAAAUAAAUGUGAAAAGUACGAAAAAUAUAUGCAGGACAAAAAAACUCAGUGGGGAAAACAAAGUCAAUACUAUGACCAACAACACAAAAUAAAUGGAAACAGUAAAGGAUAUACCAAAAGAAAUGCCACAGAUUACUUGAAAAAUAAAUUUCAUAAUAGUUGUGUUGCCCAAUCAAGUGGUAAGCCAUCAAAUGGUGAAGAAGUAGAAAACAAUAUAAAAUUGUUCCAAAACCAAUCGUCGUACUAUGAUGCCGACCAAUAUUGCGGAUGCACAAAAUUUAUCAAAGAUGAAGAAUAUUAUCAUAUUUCGGGUAAACGUAACUGUAAAGGAUUAAAAAAGGUAUCGGAAGAGACAAAGGAGUUGAAUAAUAAAUCUGGGAUUAAAUGGAAACACUAUGAUAAGACAAGAGAAAAUGAUUAUUUGAAAUAUUUGCCUCAAGAAGUGUAUUUUUCUUCUCGUAGAGAAAAUAUUUGUUUUCGAGGACUUGACAACAAAACCAAUGACGUGACGAUCAAAGUUACUGAUAAAAGUUCGCUACGCACAAAACUGAUGAAAUUGGCUGCAACUGAAGGGUACAAUUUAGGAGAAUAUUAUAAAAAAAAAAAUGAAGCGUCAAACAAGGACGCAUAUAAAUAUUCUUACGACGUUAGUGAAUGUAGUGCAAUGAAAUAUAGUUUUUAUGAUUUAAGAGAUAUAAUUUUAGGUACUGAUAAUUUGGAACCUGAAUCUACUGAUACGGAAAAAAAUUUGAGUGGAAUUUUUAAAAGUGGAGGCCAAUCUGUUGAGAGUAACCCUGGUAGUACCGAACGUAUACAGUGGUGGAAUACACAUCAGGAAUGUGUAUGGGAAGCAAUGACAUGCGGUUAUAGAAAAGGUAGAGAGCAAGAACUACAAAAUUGUGAUAAAGAUGCACCAAAUGAUUACCCCACCGGAGAUAGCCGUGAUAGUGGCAAAAAUCUCCAGUUUUUGAGAUGGUUUUCCGAAUGGGGAGAAGAUUUUUGCAAGAAACAAAGGAAAGAGUUGGAAAGGUUAAAUUCAGCGUGUACGAAAUGUAAUGUUAAUAAUAGUGGAACUAAUGCAACUUGUACAACUCAAAGCGAAUGUGAUAAAUGCAGAAAAGCGUGUCAAAAAUAUAAAGAUUUUGUUCAAGAAUGGAGUCCACAAUAUGAAAAACAAAGGAAAAAAUAUACUGAGGAUAAAGGAAAGAGUAUAUAUAAGGAUAUUCCUGUAGCAAAAGACGAAUCAAAUGCUCGCGAGUAUUUAAAAAAAAAUUUAAAAAAUAUUACAUGUACUAGUGGUGUCGGGUGUAAUUGUAUGGAAAAAACGUCCACAAUACAAACGUCCAAAGCACCUGGUAGUAAUGAUAUGCCCGCAUCGUUGGAUAUAUAUCCAAGUGAGGAUUAUGAGAAGAAGUGUAAUUGUGUUAAUAAAACAGAGUUACCACCUACACAAGCUGCAAAACCUGCAGCCACCAAACCACCAUCUAGUAGUUCCACCAUUAAUAAUCCGUGUGCUCGCAACAAUACUACUACAUACACAACGAGGGUGGAGAAAGUGGCGCAAGCGCUACAGGUGGAGGCGAAAAUACAAAUGGAAUCCAAUAGUGUUGUUAAUGGUAAGGGUGAAAGUAAGUUGAAAGGAGAGGCGCACAAAGGAAUAUAUCAUCAUCACGGUAGUGGAAGUAACCUGUCUAAGGAUAUUUGUAUAAUUGACAAAAGGUAUUCCAAUGCUCAAAGUACUGGUGGUUAUUAUUAUGAAGAACCAUGUCAAGGCAAAGGUACAAACCCAGAUGACACGAGAUUUAAGGUAGAAACCGACUGGAAAGGGGAAGGACAAUUAAAUAUCCCAGUCGAUGUUUAUUUACCUCCUAGAAGACAACAUAUGUGUACUUCAAAUUUGGAAUAUUUACUUCAUAAUUAUGACGGACCAAUUCUAAAAUAUAAUGGUAAUACAAUUAAUGAUUCCCUUUUAGGGGAUGUCCUUCUCGCAGCCAAUUUCGAAGCAAAAAAAAUAAUACAACUGUAUAAAAAAUAUAAUAAUCUAAAUGGCUCAAAUGUACGAAUUGACGGAAAUCAUCAGAAAACUAUAUGUAAAGCACUGAAAUAUAGUUUUUCUGAUAUAGGUGAUAUUAUAAGAGGAAUAGAUCUCUGGAAUCAUAGUGAUCAGACAAAACUACAAAGAUAUCUGAUAAAAAUAUUUGGUAAGAUACAUGAAAACCUUCCUAGCUAUAUCAAAGAAAAAUAUACAAACAAUGAUGGAAAACAUUUAGUUUUACGUAAAGAUUGGUGGUCUGCGAACCGUGACAAAGUAUGGGAAGCAAUGAAGUGUGCAAAAAUAAACGGAAAUACGUCUCCAUGUAGUGACAGCGAUCUGACACCACAGGAGGAUUAUAUCCCACAGAGGUUGAGAUGGAUGACAGAGUGGGCCGAAUGGUACUGCAAGAAACAAAAAGAAAAAUAUGAGGAGUUAAUAAAGGGGUGUACGAUAUGUAUAAAUAAUAUUAAUAAUGGAAAAUGUGUAGAUUGUGAUAAGUGCAAACAAGCUUGUGUUACAUAUAGUAAAUUUGUUCAAACAUGGAAAGAUCAAUGGGAAAAAAUGGAAACAAAAUACAAAGCAUUAUACGAUAGUGCAAAUGGUAAUAGUAAUAGUAAUAGUAAUAGUAACGAUCCAAGUGAAAAACAACUUAACGAAUUUUUAAAUAAAUUUAAGAAAGAGAAUAAUGGUAAUACCACAUAUUCUAGCGCUGCGGUGUACGUUCACGAAACAGCAUAUGUUAAGGAUUGUGAGAAACAAAAUGUUUUCUGCAAUGAUAGUAGCGAUAAGGAUAAAUAUGCCUUUGAGGAGUACCCAAAAGGUUAUAAGGAAGCCUGUGGAUGUCAGGACUAUAACGUAACAGCAUCCGGAAAACCGCAAGGUCCCCCACCAAAUUCACAGCCACAAGGACCAACAGGAGUGACAUCACUGGAAUCACCACAAAACUCUACUGUAGAUAUUGGGAGAAUAGGACCCGGACCACAAGCUGCUCCUCAUCCACAACUACAAACACCAUCACCACCAUUGGAACAACAAGCACAGAGACCCCAUCCUCCACCAGGAAUAACAAAAGGUCCCCCACCAUAUCGGACAUCUUCACAAGGAGUCACUAACGGAGACGCCAAAGUACAAAAAGAACCACGAGGAGCGGUUGUGACAUCAUCAAGUAUCCAAGUUGAUAAGGCGAAGGCAUCACAACCUGUUCAAGGUGUUGAUCCACAUAUGGAUUCUGCUGCUGAUGUUACGAAUGCUGCAAGUGUUAGAAGCGAUCCAAAUAUAUCACCCUAUACCGGCCUUGGUACUGUUCUUGAUUCUACCGCUCCCGUUCUUUCUGGUGCAAUCUCGCAACCUAUUGCACCCUCUACAGGUCCUGCAUCUUCUAGGGAACCCACAAUACCACCAGAUGAAUUUAAAGAUUUGGAUACAUGUCCUGAUAUGUCUCAAUCAUAUUGUAGUAAAUAUGGUAUUCCUGGACGUUAUAGAUGUAAAAAAAAAACUCCGAAUUAUGAUUUACUUGAAAACUGGAACACUCUAACAAUGGAUACAAAUCACCAACAUUAUGGAGUACAAGUACCUGCAAGAAGAAAAAAUCUAUGUUUUCCAAUAAUACUUAGUCGUGAAAUAAAAACUAUGACACCUGAAAAAUUCAAAAAACAUUUGCUGAAUUCUGCUGCUACAGAAGCAAAAAAUUUAAUGGAGUAUCAUAAGGGAGAUAAAAAAUUAGCUUUAGAAUCAAUAAAAAAUAGUUUUUCUGAUUAUGGAAAUCUUAUUAAAGGAGAUGAUUUGGAUAAUAAAUUGGAUGCAAUAUCAUCUAAAUUUGAAGAAAUAAUUGAACAAUUAACAAGAAUCCAAACUAGAUCUAGUAUAAAUCCCGUUACUGGUGUCACUAAUACAGAUUCAGCUAGUGUCAGUACCGCUGGAACUUCAACAACGACAUCAUUUGAAAGAAAGGGUUGGUGGAAGGAAAAUAAAAAACAUGUAUGGCACGUUAUGUUAUGCCAAUAUACUGGAGAUGAUAAGAAUGCACAUUGUGACGAUUACGAAGAAAUAGAUAAUAUACCUCAAUUUUUACGCUGGUUAGAAGAAUGGGCAAGACAAUAUUGUAGUGAUCGAACUAAAUGGGCAAAAUCAGUAAAAGAAAAAUGUAAAAUAGAUAAUAAGCUUGGUUACAUUCCUUUUGACAAAAUGAACGAUAAUAUAUGCCAGGAAUAUUUAACGUUAUACAAACAAUGGUUUCAUAAUAGACAUAUUCAAUGGGAUGAAUUAUCUGGAAAAUAUAAAAAAGAAAAAGAACAAGAAAAAAAAUCGAAUGAUGAACAUACAGGCACUAAUUCUCCCAAUAUUUUUUUUACUGAAGAUGAUGCUGAAAAAUAUGUGAAAACAAAAUGUUCUAACUGUAAUUGUACUUAUGAUGAUUUAGAAUAUGUUUAUGAAAGAGAACAUAAUAAAAAAGAAGUAAUGAAAUUAUUGCUCAAAAAAUCCAAAGAUGAAACUUUUGAUCCUAAAGAUACACUAUUAUAUAAAAUUUUAUCUCUUGGUGGACAUGGACAAAAUAUUGCAGAAUCAGCCAUUAAAACUGCUGAAAAUAAAAUUCCUGGAGCUGCAGAAAUGGCAAAAGUAGCUGCAACAAUUGGAUUAGGACUUGCACGAGAAGCUGCAAAUUUGGGGUUAGAAGCUGCAAAACAACUUUUAGGUGAACCUAAUUCCCCUAUUUCUGCUUCUACUCGUUCUUCGUCUCCUCCUGGAAGUUCUCGUACUGGUUCCACUGGAAACCAAAAUCCUGGAUUGCCAAGAUCUGGUGCUAAUGGUAAACCCACUAGUAGUGGUAAUUCCUCAUCUUUCUCGUCCUCAGCAUCGAGUUCAUCAAGUAGUGCACAGAGUGUCCAGUCACAUUCAUCACCUGGACCCGAUGGACCACCAGGUGUGGGUGUUGCUCCAGGUGUAGGUGUAGCUCCAGGCGUAGGUUCAGCUGGAGUAUCUCCUGGAGGAGCAGUAUCAAUACAAGGAACAACUAUACAAACGCGAACACCAAUAACACAAGGACAACAAAUUACAAGUGGAUCAGCAGGACACGGAGCACAAGCAUCAACUGCAGGAGCAGGUGGAACAUCUGGAGUAGGAGUACAAGGUAGAGCACUCGGAACAGCCGUAUCACCAGGAAAAACAAGAGGAGGUGGAUUAUCACGUGGAUCAGAAGGACAAACUGGAACAACGCAGACUUCACACCCAACUGAUAUAAACCUAUUUGAAGUGAUAACAUCUGCUCAACUACCUGUUCAAGUAGGAUUCCUAUUAUGCGCGAUUGGCUUCCUUUUCUAUUAUCUGAAGGUAACUAACAGAUACAUGUGUUAA